AUGACUUCUACAAGCGAAUCCGAAAUAUUGCCCCCGUUCCAGCUUCUCCCGCAAACUCCAAAGGCUCCUGUCUCAAGUCACCAAACUACCGCCCACAAACUCGCAUCUUUGCUCCAAGAGAUUGCUUCUAUAAUGGAAACAAUCACCGGGGAAAAGAUGAUGUGUGGCGAGGAGCUGGAUGGUUUGGAGGGGGAUGUACUUGGUGGGUUGACAGAAAUGGUAUUGAUCAUGGAAGAGGAAGUUGAGCAGAUGAUCGAGUUGGCUGAUGUGGUCGAAGAAUAUGUGGAAGAAUUAAACAUGGCAGAGAUAAAUAGGUGGAUUGCUAAUCCACCGCUCUCGAGUCACAAUGACGGUACUAGAGCAAGAGACAGUCACUCGGAGUCUCAGAUUAACGCAGUGAAUGAAUGGAAAAGAAAGUUGAGUAAUACGGUGUUUGAGGAUGGCAAAGAGUGUAAUAAGACUGGAUUGAACUAUAAUUUCGAGAGAUGUAUAAGUUUGGGCGGACUAUUGGAGAAGGCUGAGGAGGAUGUUUUGAGAUGGAGAGUGAGGAGAAUGUCCGUAGACUCUGAUAAUUAUGGGUUUGACGAAUCUUCCGAGGUGGUUAUUGGGGCAGGAAUUUCUGUGCCCAUCACAAACUACAGGAAGGGAGUGAUCAAACAAACCAUUAUUUCACUGCCUCCGAGAAGGAAUGGUAUGGAUAUAAGAUUUAGAGACUCUGGUCUGGGUCUCAUGAGCCCUGUUGGCGUUACCAGAAUACCGAUCAAGAAGGAACCUAAAAUUGUUACUAAGUCAAGUCCAAUUGGAUUAAGAACUGGAUUUGGCUCUGCCAGAAAAAAGAAAGCGGUUAGGAAGCCAAAGUGGGUUUGA